AUGCUGCCUUACCGCUCUUUGGGUUUUGAUAGAAAUCUUGGAGUUCCUGAAUUUCUUCAUCUAGCUAACAUGCUGAACAAGGAUUCUUUUGAACAACCUCGACUUAUUUUGAAACAUGUGAACCCAUCCUCACAGAUCCGGACAUCCGCCAUCAAAGACAACCCAACCCCCAUCUGCAAAGCCGCAUUACCACCCAUGGGCACAGCCCCAGCAGUGAAAACAGUCGAAGCAGUCGGGGAAGGAAUCGCCCCGGUGCCAGAAGGAAGCGGCACCGUCGAGUUUGACGGCUUGCACGGGUCAAGCGAGCUCCCAAUCUGCACCGCAAAGAGCCCCGACUUUGACCCACCAGCCGACGAGACUUCAAUGGUGUAA